UGGCCCUCCUCUUCGCUACUGGGGGCCGCUCGCCGCCCGCCCGCCCCACCCUGGGAGAGAGGUGGCGCCGGCAGGCAGGCAGGCAGCAGCCGCCGCGGGAGCGGACCAGCCAGCAGCCCGCCGCGCCUUGCCCCAGACUCGCGCCAGCCUCUUCGCUGCAGGGGCCCGGCGGCACGAGAGCCCGGCUGGAGGGUCAGCAUGCAUCUGGAGGAUGGCUGAGGCCGGCCAGGAGAGGGCUUCCCCCGCGGCCCCCGGGGGGCCCGCGCCCAGGAGGAGAGGCGGCAUGCUGGGGCUCUGGGGCGCCCUGCUCUGCCUUCUGCUGCUGGCCGCCGUGCGCGGUCUUCCAGCCCCCGGCUUGCCUAUGGCCGACCUCGCCGGCAGGGUGACGAGGGAGCCGUCAGAUGAUUUAAGAAGUGAAACGGGUUUUCUCGAAGAGUUGGUGGUUGGAAGUGGUGAUACGGUUGAACUUCAGUGCAAUACUCCAGGCUCGUCUGUAUCUCUCCUCUGGUAUAAAGACGGUGUUGGGAUUUCUCCUACCAAUCGAACUCAUAUUGGUCAAAAACUAUUGAGGAUUAUAAAUGUGUCCUAUGAUGAUUCAGGUCUAUACAGCUGUAAGAUGAGGCACUCGGUGGAAAUGUUCAGGAACUUCACAGUCCGAGUGACAGAAACCCCAUCAUCUGGUGAUGACGAAGAUGAUGACGACGAUGAUGAUGACUCUGAAGACAGAGUUGCACCUUAUUGGACCCAUCGUGAGAGAAUGGAAAAGAAGCUUUUGGCUGUGCCUGCUGCCAAUACUGUUCGUUUUCGGUGCCCAUCUGCUGGCAAGCCCCUUCCUUCCAUAUACUGGCUGAAAAAUGGCAAAGAGUUCAAAGGAGAACACCGUAUUGGAGGCAUUAAACUGCGGCAUCAGCAGUGGAGUCUUGUCAUGGAGAGUGUUGUUCCUUCAGACCGAGGCAACUACACCUGUGUGGUCCAGAACAAAUAUGGUGUAAUUUGGCAUACUUACCAACUUGAUGUUCUUGAAAGAUCACCCCACCGUCCUAUUCUCCAGGCAGGAUUGCCUGCUAAUCAGACCGUGGUGGUUGGGAGCAAUGUCGAAUUCCACUGCAAAGUAUACAGUGAUGCUCAGCCUCACAUCCAGUGGUUGAAACAUGUGGAAGUCAAUGGAAGCAAAUACGGGCCAGAUGGAACUCCUUAUGUUUCUGUUCUAAAGUCUUGGAUCAGUAAAAGCGCUGAAGCCGAUGCUAACCUAAAUCUAUUCAAUGUGACAAAACAAGAUGAAGGCGAAUAUCUUUGUAGAGCCAACAAUUUCGUAGGCAGAGCCGAAAAAUCAUUUUGGCUCCACAUUCACAAACCAGAACCAGAAAAACGAGUUGCAAGAGAUGAUUCCAGCUCUUUUUAUGCAGGCAUCCUCAGCUAUGGGAUCGCCUUUGUUGUUUCCAUCCUGGUGGCGGUGAUGGUGGUGAUUUAUAGAAUUAAAAGGCCGGCCAAAAAGGCUAUGAACACCACCACAGUUCAGAAAGUCUCCAAGUUCCCCCUCAAGAGACAGCAGGUGUCUUUGGAGUCCAACUCUUCCAUGAAUUCCAACACUCCUCUGGUCAGGAUCACCCGCCUUUCCUCCAGCGAGGGAGCGAUGUUGGCCAACGUCUCUGAGCUUGAGCUGCCGGCUGAUCCUAAGUGGGAAUUAGCAAGAUCUCGCCUGACUCUAGGGAAGCCUCUGGGUGAAGGCUGUUUCGGCCAAGUAGUGAUGGCAGAAGCAAUGGGGAUUGAUAAGGAAAAACCAAACAAGCCUAUUACUGUAGCUGUGAAGAUGCUGAAAGAUGAUGCCACAGACAAAGAUCUGUCUGACUUGGUCUCAGAAAUGGAAAUGAUGAAAAUGAUUGGGAAGCACAAAAAUAUUAUUAACCUCUUGGGUGCCUGCACACAGGAUGGACCUCUCUAUGUUCUUGUGGAAUACGCAUCGAAGGGGAAUUUAAGGGAAUACCUUAGAGCUCGUCGGCUACCUGGCAUGGAUUAUUCCUUUGAUACCUGCAAGCUACCUGAGGAACAGCUAACGUUUAAAGACUUAGUCUCAUGUGCCUACCAGGUAGCACGUGGAAUGGAGUAUCUGGCAUCUCAAAAAUGUAUUCACCGGGACCUGGCAGCUAGAAAUGUUCUGGUCACAGAAGACAAUGUGAUGAAGAUAGCUGAUUUUGGUCUAGCCAGAGAUGUUCACAACAUUGAUUAUUACAAAAAAACAACUAAUGGCCGGCUGCCUGUGAAAUGGAUGGCUCCAGAAGCAUUGUUUGACCGUGUCUACACUCAUCAGAGUGAUGUAUGGUCAUUUGGAGUGCUGCUAUGGGAGAUCUUCACUUUGGGGGGGUCUCCAUAUCCAGGAAUUCCAGUUGAGGAACUCUUCAAACUGUUAAAGGAGGGCCAUCGUAUGGACAAGCCAGCAAACUGUACCCCAGAUUUGUACAUGAUUAUGAGAGAAUGCUGGCAUGCGGUUCCUUCACAACGGCCAACGUUUAAGCAGCUGGUAGAAGACCUGGAUCGAGUGCUGACGGUGACCUCAACAGAUGAGUAUAUCGACCUGUCAGUGGCUUUUGAGCAAUACUCCCCUGCAGGCCAUGAUACCCACAGUGCCUGCUCUUCAGGAGAUGACUCUGUAUUUGCACAUGACCUUCUCUCGGAUGAGCCCUGUCUUCCAAAACAGCAAGCAAAUGGCAUCAUCAGGACAUGAUGGCCGAUAGAGCUGCAGAAAAUAGAUUCAUGAAUGUAUGUCUGGGGAAACUCAAGAACAAAUGCACAGGAAGAUGUUAUUCUGCUCCAUGGCACAGAAGAGUGUAUUGCUGUGAAGCCGUGGCACUGAACAUACUGUCUUCCUACUUGUAAAACACAUGAAGACUUUGAAAGGCAGAUAGAGGAGGGUGAACCCCCAGCCUUUGAGUCAGUUUUCUGUGCCUGCAAUCCUGGUGGUGGGUGGGAAGAUGAAAAGUGUGCAAAGAAUGUAAGAAGCUUUGGCACAAUGCAAUCCACGCAUGAAUCUUCUUUGGUGGGGCUCAAGAGCCGCAUUGCCUGCAGGGAAUCUUAAGUAAGUCCUAAUUUUAUAUUUAAUAAAUAUAAAAUUCGCCAUCUGCUUAAGAACAUAUUCAAAGCCAUUCUGAGGAGUUAAUCACUCUUGAAAGCAUUAAACCUCUUUUAAAGUUGUCUUCAGUUUCUCACGGUGGGGAAUAGCCGUCUCUUGCACUAACAGUUGGGUAGACGAAUGUAUGCAGGCAAGAAGGAACAUGAAGGACUGGAGGUGCUGCAAGCUCUAGGAAAUGGGGGGUGUUGGGGGGGGUGUCAUUUGUUUAUGAACAUGUAGCAGUUACUUUUGCUAACUAUUUCCAGGGGAUUUCUAUAAAUUGUAAAAUUUGACCCAAAUUUUGCUAUUUGCUACAUUUAUUUAGCUAUUUCUUGGGUGAGUUUUCUGUAGAUAAGGUUUAAAUAUAUUUGUAACUGAGGUCUAUGAAUUUUUCCCAGAAAUCUAUCAUCAAACACUUGGAGAAAAAAUAUUACGGGUACCCAUAGUCGAGCGCCUUUCAAUGAAUCAAAAAGUUUUAUUUCCUACAAUUGUGCAUAUAGCUAUAAAUAGCUCUUGUGUGUAUAUAAUAUCUCUGGUAUUAACAUGGCUGACAAGAUUGAAAAAGAAUUUCUCCAAGUAAGAAUUCUUCCAAAGUAGGACAUACUGAUUUAGGCAAAGAUUUUCUUUUAUCUUGUCAGCUUGUUUUGUUUUAAAAUUUAUAUUUUAACAUGUAUAUUUGUAAAAUUAUUUAUAGAUAUUAACAUAUGUUCAUUAAUGUAUACACUUAAAUUUUCAUCAGAUUUAAGGAUUUAACUUAUUGAAAAUAGAGGAAGAUAAUUCAAGAUUGUUUUUCUGAAUUCCUGAGAAAUCUUAGAAAAAUGUAUAGCUGUAUAGUCAUUUAACACAUUACUUUUAAUACUAAUUUUUCUUUUUUUAAAACAAAAAAUGCUUUUCCUGGGUUGCAACAAUUAUCAGGACAUGCAUUCUGUAUUAUAUUAAAUCCAAACAUCUGGCAGGAGAAAUAAUCCUUUUUCCAUCUCUGUAAAAGCUAAGGAAUCUUUCAUCACUUUUGCCACUGUGUAUUAAGACAGAGGGAUUUUGGGGGGGGGUUUCUUUGAAUGAAGGUGUUCUUCACGGUUGACUAAAUAACAGAUAUGUGGCAGAGCUGAACGUUGACUGCAAAUGAUUAAUCUUCUACGUGUGUGUGUUCCCAUUUGCAUUUUUAUGGUAGAGAAAUGGAUCCAAACAAAAUAAUAUUUUAAAAUAUAUGUAGAGAAAGUUUUGAUGAUUGUAGAUAGACUUUGAACCUAACAUUUUGCUUGGGAAAAUGCUAGGUUUUGUAGAUAACUCAGUCCAAACACUCUAGAUUCCUUCCUAGCAUUUUAAAGAGUUUUUAAAGAGUUUUUUAGAGUCUCCGAGAGCAGUUCCACACCAUCACUGGUUUUUCCACCCUCCAGUUUCUCACAUAACAUUUUGAAACUGAAGGCUGAUUUUCAUUCCUGCUGACCCUGAAACAUGAAUAUGCAGAAAAUGCUGCUAACUCUCUCUUUUCCUCCAAUUGACCAGUAGGAGAACGCAGAGGACAUCAUUCAGUCAAUUCCCAACUUUCUGAUCUAUCAUUUGUCAACACCCCCCCCCCAGCCCAUUUCACAUGAAGAGGAAAGCAUAUAAAUUGCUGAAGCUCCCCUCCAUGUUUAGGUUUUUUGUUGUUGUUGUUUUGUUUUGUUUUGUUUUGUUUUUGUUUUUGCAUUCCAUCUGUUGGUGUGCAUGGGGUAGCUUGCCAAAUCACAACUUCGAUCUGUAAGGCUGCUGUGAUGGGGAGUUACGCAGGGGAAGGUUAGUUGUUAAACAAUGAAAAUCAACAAAAGCAUGGGAUUCCUGCAUAAACUUCCCAGCUACCUUUCCAUCAUUCCUUUUUCGCAUUGAAAAGCCCUGUGGGUUGUGAAAAUGAGAUGGUAGCAAGUCACCAACUUUGCAAAGAGUUGCUUUCCCCAGUAGCUCUAAUUACAGGUGCAGGUUGCUAUACUGUGGCUAGCUUGGGGGAGGGGAGGAAGCAAUAAAUAACUAAUGCAUAGAGGAAGACAUAGAAUCCAGGGACAAGAUGUUGACCCUUUAGUUGGGGACGGGGCGGGUGGGUCAAAUAGUGGCUGGCUUAGCUUUCAGAGCAAAGAGGCAAAAUUCCCCUAUGUAGGAAAAUGGAUGUCCUCCAAGGUCUGCAGAACCACAGGAAUUGAACGGGCGAUGGCAGCUCUGCUUCGAAUCAACUUCAAAGACGUCAUGAAUCCCAUCAGGUCCAAAGCUGAUCCCAAAGUGAUGCAACAAUUGGAGCAAGGGACGUAUCUGUUGAAUAAGGAAGUAAAAAGUAGGGCUUUAUAAAAUGGAGUAAGGACUAGGAAGUUGAGGAACCUACAGUAUAGCGAUUGCAUUCUCUCUGCAGAUCAGCAAUUUCACUAAAGAUGAGAACCAUUCCAGAUCAGUAUUCAGUAUAUUCUUGCAAUACCACAAGAUUGUUUCAAAAUAGUUAAUUUAUAGAUCUGAAGCUUCGAAGAGUUUUUAAAAAUAGAUUUCUAUAGACAAGUACUUUUUUGGGAAUAAAGAAUUGUGCUAUUUUCUUACCGUGUAUGGUAGUUUUGUACAUUCCAAGGACCUGAAAAUUGCUAUUCCAGUCUGAGUUCAUUAAUUAUCUUAAAUAUAUUAUAUUCAUAUAUAAUAUAUUUAUGAAAGAUUUACAAAGAUAUAUUUCUUAUAUAACUUUAAAGCCAGGAUUUGAAAACUUGAAUAUUUCUUUAAACCUUUAUUCCUGUCCAUGUUGUGAUGAAUAAGUUAGCAUAUUGUGACAUUUUGAUGAACAUUUUCCUGGUUCAGCAUCUUCUAGCUUCUGUAUUGCUUUGAACAUUUUAGAAGACGUGAAACAAAAAAACAAAAGAAAUCUUACUCUGUUUUUGCUUACCUGGCCCAAAAAUAAAAAAGUUAAACAUAAUUUAUCAUCA